CAUUCAUGACGCCAUUAUCGAUCACAUCCAAUAUGGAGCGAAUGAAGUUGAUGCUGUUCAAAUCAAGAUCGAGAUUGCACAGCUCUCUAAGAAAAGUAGGAACGGAAAAACUGGAUUUGAAGAAAAAUUUGAGCGUUUACAAUCAAUCACACCAGAACAUCCUGAAGAACUUUGUGAAGCAGCACUUUCGGAUGAGAACAAGAAGAAAAAUCGUUAUCCUAAAAUAUAUCCAAGGUUAUCUUGGCAAGAAUUACUUCAUUGCAACGCAGAUGCCUUUGAAGGGAACCAUCAACGACUUUUGGAGGAUGGUCACUCAAUAUAAAUGUACGACCAUCGUUUUGCUGGAUCAGCUAACUGAUGAUAACAAGGUUUGCGACGUUUUCAUAAGAGCGGGAACAGUUUUUAUACUUGAUUUAAAUGUCGGCUUUGAGCAAAAACAACCUAGUCAAAAGAUUUGUAAAGACGCAAGGUUUUGCAAAGGAAUAUUGGACUGUGAAAAGAAACGUUAUCCUACUGACGACGAAGGAAUGCAGGAAUCAAAAGAACCAGGGUUUUUAUGGUGCGUAAGAACCACUUUUUUCCUGAAACAUAUAAAGUCUGGAAUGUGUAUAUACGAUGCUAAUUUAACACAACCAAUUAGUGAAACGCUUGAUCUUCGUUAUUUGGAACUUUCAGACAACUGCCUUGAUCAGGCAUCUCAGUUCAAAUUUCUAAAGAAUGGCGCCGUAUUGAAAUUGAAUGUGCCAGGUUGUCUUGAAGAAGCGGAAAAUGCAACAGGUUAUGAUCUUCAUAUGUUAGGUAUCGUCACUGAUACAAGUAUUAUUAGUGAUGGUGCUUGUGCUGACAACGAGGCUGUCGCCCAAACCUCUUGGGGAGGUCUAAGAACACGGUCUUACCGUCCAGUAAAAAGUAGUUCGUGUGUAUUACCUGGUACAUCUCAAGGGCUGAAAGAUACUCUUGGUAUUGAUCCAUACCUACGAUUGGCAGUUUGUAAAGAUGAAGAAAACAAACGAUUUCAUUUUGGGUCUGUGACAUGUGCCGGACAAAAGAUAACGAACGCCAACUGUAAUAAAAAUCAAUAUAUGAUAGUAAAGACUGCUGAAUAUCGUGGAUUGAGCGAAGGAAGCAUUUGUGGUUCGAGUUAUAAUUACAGUUGUAAUACUAAUGUUAGACGUUAUCUAAAAAGACAUUGUGAUGGCUUGCACGAGUGUAAUAUAACAGUCGAUGAAAAUAUCUUUCCUUCCAAUACUUGUCCUGGUUUGGACAAGUAUCUUUACUUUGAAUAUCAAUGUAACGACACAAUGUCGUUAUUCAAAGAGAAUUGGGUCACAGAUGCACAGUUAUCCCAGUGUACAUUGCCAAACGAAGGCGUUGUGCAACUUUUUACCCAGCAUGAAAAUUUUUCCGUUUGUGAAGAUGGUUCUUUGAAUAGCCUGAAAGAUAAUGUUUGCCGUUGGCUUGGCUACCCCAAAGCUGACCAAAAAGAAAGAUGGAAGCCGGCUAUUAAUAGUUCAGUAUUUAAAGCUGGAAAUGUUAGCUGUGAAGCUAAUGCAGCGACUUUAACUCAAUGUACCAUUACGCCAAAUAAUGGUUGUUCCAUGUAUUCAUAUUUCAAAUGUCGUGUAUGUGAUGACCCUGUAUUAAAAAACACAAAAAACUUCCCAGACUCCUCGUUUACUGCCUCAGCCUCAACCCAGAACCAUAGUGCAAAAGCUGCAAGAAUAUCAAGUGGAAGUUCAUGGUGCGCUCCUGCUGCAGAUGGCAAUCAUUAUCUUCAACUGAAUUUUCCGAGUCUUUAUACAGUUAACGCUAUCGCAAUCUUUGGAGACAGUUCAACUUCGAACCAUGUAACCGAAUAUCAUUUGAAUACAAGCAUUGACAGCGUAAGCGGGAAGUUGAGAAAGAAUUUGAAAGGGAACAAGGAUGGUUACAGUGAUGCAGCUAUACAGAAAUUCUCUGGAGGUAUUAAAGGCAAAAGUUUGCGAAUCAUUCCAGUGAAGUUUGUUGGUAAACCGUGUUUACGAAUUGAAGUGUGUGGUGGAGGUAAGAAGCAAAAGACACUCUUAAUAUACAUACCUAGGCAACAAAAAAUUUAA